AUGACCGAAACACAGCAGCAAAGAACUCUAUUCUCGUUUCCUGCUAUACCACCUGGUCCACCUUCGCGACGAAAUUGGUAUCAAGAACUACUGGACGAUCCUGAAUGCCAAAAUGACCCCAAGAAAGUGCAGGAAGCAUACGAAUCUCACCGCCAUGCCAUCCUGUCGCGAUCUAUCGGAGAAUUCCGAUCCUUGGCUAGAUCCAUAUCUGAGGACAUUCCAACCCUGAUCACGCCGGAUGUGGCCCUCAUCCAACAUGUCUCUCGUCAGAUGGCCGGCUCGAAAGCCCACGAACCAUUUCCCUUAUCUCCUGCCAACUGUCUCGUUUUCUGGGCCCGUCCUCCACAUUUCAUACUUGAGUUAAUGGAAUCCAUUCAGAGUGGGCUCUCCUCCUUAGCAGGUCGAGACCUGUAUCUCGUGCCUCUCCCGCAUAUGCAUCUAUCCGUCAUGGAACUCUCACAUCGACAUCCUAUUGCCCAUCUACGGGCCGUAUACAAUGUCGUCGGAGAGUCCCUUCUUCAUACGAUGGCGGACGUUCCUUUCACCAAAUACAAAGAGUCUCAGGGAAGAUCAGUGGCCAGGUUGAUAAAACCACAGCUGAUGAUGGAUCGUGCGGGAGUGGCAGUGACGUUUGUUCCUGACUACUCUCCACAGGAAGGAAUGGAUAAUAGCGGGCAGGAUAUAACUAAGAACAACCCUUUCACAUACCAUCAUCUCCGUGCUUCAAUGCAGGAGCUCGCAUUAUCGAGUGGUAUCGAGAUAGAUACGUCCUAUACCGCCCCAAGUGCUCAUAUUACGAUCGCACGAUUCGUAUCCUCGCACUUCUUCGAUGGAGGUGAAAAGCAUGCUACCAGUCCUCCUGUCCCAAUAUCGCCUCCUACCGAGCAGUCGCCCUUGUCUCCUAGUGGAAAUCAGAAUCAGCGAAGAGUGCAGAAAGCAGAGCAGUGGGUCGAUUUAAUCCACGGCAUCAAUGAGGAGCUAGGGAAACAGUCAGAAGAUCCGGUUUUUAAGGAACAACUGGAAUGGGUAGUCGGUCAGCAAAGGGGACUCGAGCUUCAGUUGGGCUACGUCAAAUUUGGACGAGAAACUGAGAGAGCCGAGAUGGUCGGACAGGCGGUGCCACUGGCGUAG